AUGGACUACAGCAAAGAACUAGAACUAGCAACCCUCACAGUCCAACGAGCCUCAAAACUCACAAAAUCCAUCCUCGCCGCCGUCGACAAAGGCGCCCUAGACAAAAAGGACAAUACACCUGUCACAAUAGCCGAUUUUGCAGCUCAAGCACUUAUCAUCAGUGCCGUUCAUGCCGUCUACCCGGAAGAUGAGUUUGUGGGUGAAGAGUCGGCUGCGGCGUUGAGGGAGAGUCCCGAGUUGUUGAACAGGGUCUGGGGGCUUGUUUCUUCUUUUCAGAAUGAGGGCCAUGGAUUGGCGACGCCGUCGUCGCCGGAGGAGAUGCUUGCUCUUAUUGACCUUGGUGGCAAAGGUCAAGGUGGCCCAAAUGGUCGUGUAUGGGUGCUUGAUCCGGUUGAUGGCACAGCGACGUUCAUCCAGGGACAGCAAUAUGUCGUUUGUCUCGCGUUACUAGAAGAUGGGGAACAGAAAUUAGGUGUUUUGGGCUGUCCCAAUCUGCCGGUUGGCGCAAACCAAGUUCACGAAGAUAUAGUCGACAAGCACGGUGAUGGGCAGAUAGUAUACGCCAUUGCGGGUCAAGGCGCAUAUACCCUACCUAUGAAUUACUCUUCUGGACAGACAAAUCUGGACUCUGCAGUUCCCAUACCAAAGUACCCAACAGAUCUGAAAACUAGCGAUCUGCGUUUUGUCGACUGCAAAGCUUCGAACUCAACAGACUACAAAAAGCAUGCCCUCGUCGCCUCAAAAUUAGGCGUUCCGCCUGCAACAGUAGACCUAUGGUCUGCACAAAUGCGGUAUGUGGCUGUCGUCGUCAGGGGUGGCGGGAACGUGUUGAUCAAAAUUCUGCAAAAGGAUUCGUAUCGUUCUUGUCUUUGGGACCAUGCGGGCGGAAUGCUUGUUGCGCAGGAAGUGGGUUGCGUGGUUACGGAUCUGAGGGGGAAGCCCAUAGAUUGUGGGUUAGGAAGGACAUUGGCUGGGUCUUUUGGGUUGAUUUGUGCGCCUGCUUCUGUGUAUCAGGACGUUUUCAAGGCGGUGCAGGAGGUGGUUGAUUUGGACUCAUAG